AUGUUUUCUGAACAGGGAAAAAUUCUUUCUUCAACAAAAUUACGAAAAGCUUUGCAAUCUAAUGAAAAUGAUGUCUUAAUAUGGGAUGUUUAUAAAGAAUUGGUUAAAGAGGGAAAUUUAGAACAUAUUGAUACUAAAUAUUUAAAUAGGCUAUUGAGAGCAAUCAAAGACUUGAACCAUGAUGCAAAAAGCAGACUUGAUAAAUUUUUAACAAUUUAUAAUGAUUUGAAAGAAACAAGGAAUAAAAAAAUCAGUUUAAUUCAUUUCAAUUAUUUGAUAAAAGCAUUUUUUGAAAAUGGAAAUUUGAAAAAGGCUAAAGAACUUUUUGAUGAAUUUAUUUUAACCUCAUUCGAUGAUGAACAUGUGGGAAAAAAUUCAUUGGAGCAUUGUAAAAUAAUUAAUAUGAUGAUACUUGGGCUUGGAAGUCCAAGAUAUAUCUUAAACAAUGAAAAUCAAAAGAUUAAAAAUCUUGGAAAUCUUCAAGAAGUUACAAAAUUAUAUACUUUGAUGCAAGAUAAGAAUAUUACACCUAAUGGUGAUACAAAAUCUAUAGUGAAAAUCGUUUUCAAAAGAAAUUUUGACUAUGAUGAAAGUGAAACAUUGUCAUGGUUUAAUGAAUUAAUGGAUAAAGGAAAACUAGACGCAGGAUUAAUAAAAGAGGUGGUGAUUAUACUUUCAAAUAAAAAGAAAUUCAAUGAAGCAAUUAAGAUCUUAGACAAGAUGAAAUCAUUAAAAAUAAAAUAUGAUCCUAUUAUAUACACCAACUUGAUAGAAAAUUUGACUUCAGAAAAAAUGUUUGAUGUUUCAGAGAUUUUACUUAAAGAAAUGAUAAAACAAAAUUUUAAACUUGAUAUCACUUUAUAUAACACUAUGAUAAGAUAUUAUCAUCAAACAGAAAAUUAUGUCAAAGCAUUUGAGGUGAUUGAAAAUAUGUUGGAAAUGAAAGUUGAUCCAAACUUUAAUACAUUCAGAGAAGCUUUCCAUAUGUAUGCUAAAAUGAAUAAAGUUUCACAAACAAUAGGGAUGAAUGAAAUGGAAAAACCAGAUAAAUAUAUCUAUUCAUCAAUGUUUGAUUUAUUUUCAAAUAUUAAAGAUACAAAAAUAACAGAUAGGACUUUUAAUCAAAUGAUUGAAGAAGAGGUAGAUCCAAACACAGUAACUUAUGACAGUAUGAUACAUGGAGAUGGGCAUGCAAAUGAACUGCAUAAGUCGGUUGAAACUUAUAAAAAAACAUUGGAUGAGGGUGUAAAGCCAGACGUGCAAACAUAUAAUGAAGCAAAAGAAAUCAUCAACCAAAUGACAAAAAAGGGGUCUGACUACAAACUGCAACCUAUAAUUAUUGAUGAAUCAAAUGUUGAUAUUUACACAGUACUUGUAUAUACACAUUAUAUAAAAAUUGGUGGAUUUGAAAAAACAAAAAUUUAUCAAAGUAUGAUUAACAGAAAUAUUAAUCCAACAUAUGCAAUAGUAACAUUUGUUGUUUUGAUAGAAGACGUUCAAGCCAAAAAGGUUAAAUCCAGUCUUAUGUUGUUUGAUUCACCUGAAUUGUCAGCAUAUUUAUUGUCUCUACCAGAACCACCACAUAAUUUUGUACUUUCAAUUGUGAUGGAAAAGAAUGAAUGGAAUCAACUUGAAAAGGAUGUUUGA